AUGCGCUUCACCGGUAUCUUCCUCGCUGUUGCUGCCGCUCUGACUCCCCUCGCCAGCGCCGCCAGCCAGGCCUGGGUCCUCAACGACUGCGAGAACGAGCUCUACCUCUGGUCCGUCGACUCGACCGUCAGCCCCGUGCAGACCGUGCCCGCGGGCGAGGCGUACAAGGCGCCGAUCGAGAGCGUGCCUUCGGGCGUCUCGCUCAAGGUGGGCGGAAACCCCAACGCGCUUUACGACGGGAGCCCGGUGACGACCUUUUCGUACACGGUAUCGGGCUCGCAGAUCUACUACAACCUGGCCGACAACAACGGCGACCUGUUCUCGGGGAAGAAGCUCGUCGUUCAUCCGUCGGACCAGGGCUGCGAGAGCAUCAUUGUUCCGAACGGCACGAUCCCCGAGGGCGACAACCUGACCAAGGAGUGCACGUUUGGGACGGACCUCGUUUUUAUUACGUGCUCGGCAUAG